UGUGUCAUUUUGUCUGUCCUUACUUCAAAUCCACAGUUCAGCAACCACACUGCUGCUGCUGCUGAAGGUGAUGAAGAUGUCCAAGCUGCUCCUCAUCCUCUGUUGUGUCCUCGGGGUCUCUUCUGAUGUUCUACAUGAGGGCGGUCAGAUCGGUGGCUGUUCAGACUCUAAUGGAGAGAUGAUGUACACACUGGAGGGUGAAGAACUUUGGUACGCAGACUUCAAGUACGGGACAGGAGUCACGCCUCAGCCAGACUUCAUAGAUCCCAUUAGUUUCCCUGAAGGAACUUACGAAGAAGCUGUAGCUGAUCUACAAAUCUGCAAAACUAACCUGCAAGUAUGUCGCCAGGCGAUGAAGGACCUGCCAGUGGAACAGGAUCCUCCUGAGCCCCCGAUAAUCUACAUCAGAGACGCCUUGGAGCUCAAAGUGAAGAACACCCUCAUCUGUCAUGUGACUGGUUUCUAUCCUGCUCCGGUCGAAGUCUUCUGGACCAAGAACGGAAAAGAUGUGACCGACGGAACCAGCAUCAACGUCCCCUCCCCCAACAAAGAUGGUUCCUUCACCCAGAUCUCCAGACUGGAGUUCAUCCCACAGCUGGGAGACAUCUACAGCUGUUCAGUGGAACAUGUGGCCCUGAGCGAACCACUGACCGCAAUCUGGGAUGUGAGGACGACUCCGCCCAGUGUUGGACCUCUAGUGUUCUGUGGAGCUGGUCUCACAGUCGGUCUGGUCGGUGUGGCAGCUGGAAUCUUCUUCUUUAUCAAAGGACACAAGCGCAGCUGAUUGGUUGAGACUGAUGAUGUCAUUAGUUUAGUGCAGAUUUAUGUGGACAUAAUCCAGAUGUUUUCCUUUUAAUUUAAAUGAAUGUACUCGUACUACAUCCGUGGGAAUCAAACUUCCUCACUGUUCGUUCAGUGUUUAGUUUGAACAAUCAGCUCCACAAGUUUCCACCUGAGGAUCAACUCUGACUGUUCUCUGCUGUUCAGCUGCAACAACAACCUGAAAAGUGUCUGCUCCAUCAAAUCAUCAAAUCUGUUUCAUUUUCACGUCCAUGUCCAGGGUUUGUCCUUUCUGUUAGCUGUGAUCAGUUUCAUUUCCUGUACAGUCUGAAAAGUUUCUGGUCCCUCUGACCCACAAACACUCACUUCUGUUAUUUUUACUCAUUUUUUACUCACUUCUUGUUUGACCUCGGUGAAAAUGAGUGAUAUCCCCUCAGCUGUGACUGCUCAGGUUCAGGUCUGGAUCUGGAUCACAGUGGAUCUAGUUAACCUGGUUAUCUGAGAGAGAGAUCUGAGAUCUGCUGCUGUCACUGAAUAGUUAUUUUAUCAUGCUUCAUGUCACUGACAGCAGAAAUGCAUUAAUGAUAAAAAGUGUUUUUAUUUCAUUUUAUUAGUGUUAUUCAAUGUAGCUGCUUUCAAAUACAAAUGAUAUCAAAGAACUUUUGAAAUGUAAACUUUAUCAAAAUUGAACACAGUUGGAACUACAGGUCUCUUUAAAACCAUGAUGAACGAUUUCACUCUUAAAUAUGACAGUUUGUAACUGUGUUCUGUUGUCUGUUCUAAUUGUUCUCUCAGCAUUAUUGUAAAUCAGAGCUUCAUGAUCAUUGCUGAUUUGAAUAAAAAUUGAAUGACUGAUAAAUAUAA